UUUAAGCUGCUUCUUCUUAUUAUUAUUAAAUUAAAAUAAACCCACUGACUACGCCACCAAUUCGCGCGAAAUGGAUCAGCGGCAGCAGCGACAGCAACAAGAACCUCAGUAUCCAGAAGCCCCAGUAUUGGGACCAAACGUAGAUCCAACGUCCACGUGUCCCGACUCUACACAAGAUUCCCCUGGAGACGGCGGAUCGAAACCGUCCUUAAACCGAAACGACAUCGUGAAAGCUCUCGAGGUGGUGGAGAGAGACUCCGUGGCCAUUGCUGAGAGCUUCUCUUCUCUCUUCGCUUCUCUCCGCUUGGCACUCUCCGAGGUUACCGAUACCUCUGUAGAUCAUAUGCAAUGCUUUAGUGAUGCUGCAGGCCGUCUCCAGGAAUCAGUACUCGAUGCAGCAACAAAGGGCAACCGAUAUAUAAAUUCAUGUCUCAGAUUAAAUGAGGAAAUGAAAGGCGUUGACAGUCUAGCUGCACAACUAAAAAUGCUGAGGAGGAAUGUAGAUGCUCUAGACACAGCUGUAAACAGGCUCGUCCGUUUUCCAUGAGGUUGACCUGCUCACCCAAUUGGUUACAUCAAUAGCAUGAAGUAUUGUUUUUAAUUUUCUUGGUAUUUAUCUAGAAUUGGUUUUGUGUUAAAAGUUGUGCUGUCAUAGCCACUUUGACAAUGCAGUGAAACAUUGUGAUUUAUGAACAUUGUUAAGUGUUUGCUGAGUCCGGAAAGCGUUUGAGGAGUGCUGAAUCCUAGUACAGACUUGAAACACAAACAUGCUCCUUUUUCUUCUAUAUUUAACUUGGCUUUCUUGAGUUUUUGCGAAACCAUUGUUCUCACUCUAAUUGUCUUCUUAAU